AUGGCUAGCAACAACAGCGGUGUCCCUCCUGGCGAGGACGACCAAACUUUGGCUGUUGAUAAUGACGACGUAUUCGGCUCGCUGCAGGAUGAUUGGAACGUCUUCGCCGCCUACAACGAUGCAAAUGAUGGAGCCCCGGGUGCUGCGCAGAACCCGUCUAUCGAUGAUGAUGGGCAACUUGAAAGAUUUUUCGACGACGCUCUGGCUGCCAUCAAUGAACUUUCAGCUGAAAAUGCUUAUGGGGAAGCUUCGGAACCUGCGUCGCAGCCCUUUCAUGAGCAGCACGGUCUCACCUUUCCCAGCAUUCCGGCCGUGAGUGUGAGUCAGACCCCUGAUACUGCUCAAGCUUCUUCUGAAGCCCCUGCUCUGCCCGCUCUUCAACAAGGUUCUCAAGACCCGGCCCUCCUAGACCCGGCCCUCCUGGGCCAAGGCGAUGCUCGUCGAUCUCCCGCCAGCUCGGAGGUCGAGAGGGAGGUCCUCGAAAUUCCCGGAAUACUCCGCGACCUGGAACAAGCCGCAGCCGCAGCCGGAGAUCCUCCCGCGGCGCCCCAAGCCCAGAGCGGCGAUAUUGACCAACAGUACCCCGCGGUAUUUCUCCAAGGCCCAGACAAUAAUGGCCAGGAUAACGGCCAGGGCUUUGGCGUCAACGUCAGCCAUGCAGCAGUGGGGCAGGGGAUGUAUCAGAACAGCUAUCCGGCGCCCAACCCGGCGCCCAACCCGGCGCCCAACCCAGCCGGGUACGGUUAUUCGAGUUACGGUAUGGCUCCCGCACCUGGCGGCAAUAACGUUGGCAUAUAUGGCAUGCCGCCGGCGGUUCCGCAGCUGCCGCAGUCUCAGAUGGCGCACGGCCAUGCGUAUGGAAAUCCUGCUGUGCAUGUCUCCCCGGCGGGGCCCGGCUACCCCGUGCCUCCGCGCCGCGCCUACCAGGCGCCACAGGCGCCGCUCCUCAUCAAUAACCACCAGCAGGCGCAGAAUUACUAUCAGGCGCCGCAGGGCCUUGUGCCCAACCUGGCGCCGCUCCCCCCUGGAGCCCACCAACCGCCACAGGGCUAUUUCCUCAACCAGCCGCAGGCGCCCAUGGCGAACUUUCAGUCGCAGGGCCCCGUGCCCAACGUUCAGCCGGCGCAUGCCAUUCUCCCAAACCCAGGUCUCACAGGGAAGCUUACCCAUAAACGCAGGGACAAGCUUAAUGACGACAACGAUGCAUCCAAGAUCUACUCGAACCCCACUGGGCUGGCAUCCUGGGGUCCCAAAGUCGGUAAGAGGGGCAGAGAAGAACACCUGUUUCAAUACUACAAGGCGAGUGCCGAGUUGAAACCUGGUCAGACAUUCUCUGCGGAUGAACUCGUGACUUUCUUCCGCGGGCGCAAUCAUCCGAACCCGGGGCGGAGAUUGACCCUCUGGGUUCAGAACACGCCGGCGCAGUCGAACGAUCGAUACGCUGCCGGAAGCUCUUCAGGCAAGUGCCGAUUCAAGGAUUGCCCGGUGAGGGAGAACACCAUCCUGAAGGGCUUCUACAGGAUCGCUUUUGACGAGUUCUCAGACCUGACUGGCACCAGCCUCGACCCGCUCCGUAACGCGGGCUACAUGCAUCUGCACUGCUUCGAGAAGGCUUUUGACCUGGGUUACCUGAUUCAUUACGGCGCUGCUCGUUGCGGGUUUAGUAUUUUACCCGAUCACCGGAACUUCGCCGCCGAGAGCAGAAACCCUGCGUCCAUUAUCAGGGACCACAAGGAGAUGCUCCAAGCCUACAACGACUGGGUGGCGGCCCAAAAGCCCAGGGCUGACUAUCUCGAGGCGCAGAACGCCACAAAACCGCCCGCGCAGCAGUAUACGGGGUUCAAUCGUGACCCCAAUGACAUUCCUCCUCACCCACUGCGCCUCGGCUACCAUCUGACCGAGUUGCACCUCAAGCUUGAGGUAAAGGGCCGGGCCGCAGCCCGGGAGAAGCGCGGUGGUGCGCACAUCGGCAUCCACAAGGGUGAUCUGGACCAUCUCAGCGCCCUGAAGUACCAAGCCGCCCAGAAGCGACAGAGGUCCAGCGAUGAGGACGAGGAUGAGGAGGAUGAAGAGGAGCAGAGGGCGCAGCGAAGCAGACAAAAGCGCGCCAGAUACAACCCGCCCCCUCCUCGAGCCCCCGCUUCUGGUUUACAGCAGCUACCCCAACCCCAAGCCCCCCCUCUCCCCGGUCCCCCUCUACCCGCACAACAACAACCCCUUGCUUUUCAUCCUUCUUAUCCUCACCACCCGCCGCCGCAGCCGCCGCAACCGGCCGGCGGCCGGCCGACGCGCAAGCGCAGCCGCGAGGCCGAGGAGGACAUCCUCGAGGAGCUGGCGGCGCGGGGCGCGGGCCCGCUGACGCGCAGCUCGGCGCACGCGAUCCAGGCGCGGCUGGGCGGGCAGCCGGCGCACGUGCAGGACCACGUGCUGGCGGCGGUGCCGGCGCACACGGCGGCCGUGCUGCGGUCCGCGUGGGAGCAGGCGGACCGGCAGCUCGACGACCGGGUCGGCCGCCUGCCCAAGCGGCAGCGCCGCGAGCUCGAGGCCGAGGUCGCGCGGCUGGAGAAGAGGGCUGAGGCCGAGGCGGGCGGAGAGGGCAGCUCCGGGCCCGGCGGGGGGAAGAAGAAGAGGAAGGGGCAUAGUAUUUGA